AUUAUUGGGGUCUCGUAUUCAAGAAAGAAUUGAAUCGAGGUUUCUGCUAGGCCUUCAACAUCAAAGCCCACCUAGAGAAGGUGUACUGUUCUUCGAUGUGAUUAGAAAUCGUCACAAUGUUGGCUGCAAGAGCACGCAGUUUAGUGCGUUUUGAUGUCUAUGUGCCAAUUAUAUCAGAGACAGCUGUGCAAAAGAGACAUGCAAGUUCUCAAGAUUUUCAUCCGAAGAGAGGUCCUGGAGGUCGAUCAUCAUUUAAUGGCGUUGUUGCAACUGUUUUUGGCUCAACUGGGUUUCUUGGGAGAUACACUGUCAAUAGAUUAGCACGAUGUGGCACCCAGCUUAUUGUUCCAUACAGAUGCAUGGAGGAUUAUCUUAGACAUUUGAAGCCAAUGGGUGAUAUUGGACAAAUUAUGUUUAAUAAUUUCCACCUUAAAGAUGUCCCUUCAAUUGAGAAAUGCGUGCAGUUUUCAAACGUUGUUGUCAAUCUUAUAGGGAAAGAGUUUGAAACCAAGAAUUUCUCGUUCCAUGAUGCUCAUGUAGAAGGUGCUGCAGCGAUUGCCAAAGCUGCCAAAAAUGCUGGCGUCAAACGUUUCAUUCACGUGUCUGCACUGAACGCUGCAACGAAUUCUCCAUCAAAAUUUCUGCAAACCAAGGCACAAGGAGAGCGCGCAGUCAAGCAAGAAUUUCCAGAGGCAACAAUCCUUCGACCAGCAGAAUGUUAUGGACACGAAGACAAAUUUCUCAACAUGUAUGCAUACCUCAGAAAUCUCCCGUUUGGUCAGCCUCUUAUUGAUAAUGGCAUGGAAACAAAGAAGAGACCAGUAUUGGUUGCAGACGUUGCUCAAGCUAUUGUGAAUGCAGCGCUGGAUGAAUCUGCUGCAGGAAAGACUUACGAGCUUUAUGGACCAGAAGAAUAUUAUCUUCAUGAUAUCGUUGAAUAUGUUUACAAAAUUAUCCGCAAGCCAUUCAGACCCUACAAGAUUCCUGAAAAUAUUUACAAAAUGGUGGCAUAUUUUCUUGAACAGUCAAUAUUUGAUCCACGAAUGACCAGAGAUAAAGUAACAAGGCACUACCUUAGUGACCAAAUCAGCUCACAUAUUAUGUCGUUUGAAGACCUCGGAAUCAAGCCAGCUACAAUUAACGAGGCUGCCAUCAGCAUGCUUAGAAGACAUCGUGACAUGAUGCACUACGAUGAUUCUCAUACUGAAGACGAGUUUUGCAAGCCCACUAGUGCGUACAAUUGAUUUUUAAGACGUGUUUUCUCCCCACACAGGUCACGUGCUCUUCUUGGUUAAGUUUUGUAGCAUUACGUUGUGAAAUUUAGAAUUAUCGAAUUGGAUGAAAAGAUUGCUAUGUAUAAAAGACUGUUAACGAGAUCUGUUUGCUUUUUACAUUGUUUCAUUGAUAAUAUUCAGAAAUGC